AUGACAUUACUCUAUCAAUGAAUACGAAAAUCUAAUUUAUAAAUCCUCAUUGACUAAGAAUGAAAAGAAGAUCGAACAGUUUCUCUGAAUACAUUUUAUAUCCAAAAUCCACUUUGUAUCUGAGAGUGGCACAGAUGAUCUUAUGUAUCGUAUGCCUCAUCCUUGCAUUCUACUUUUGGAUCUCAGAAAACACCCUUCUCGGUGCUACGGUUGUAUUAUUUGCCACUUCAUUUGGUUUCCUUGUGGUAACUGUCGUGGAUGUGCUUGCCAGUUUGAAGCACAGGCAGUACACAGCCCCUGUGUGGGUUGGACUGGCGUUUUUAGCAGCUUUCAUGUUUUUCCUGUCUUUUGGAUUCAUGGUUCUACAACCUGUUAUUUUGUACAUUGUGAUUGGCGUCAUUUUUGCUGUAACUGGUAUAGUAUUUUUGAUCGAUGGUAUACUAAUAAUAGUAUACAUCUAUAAAUCGAAAUCUCCGGGGAAAGUCCAUCCAAUCCCAGAUGAUAAAGGAUCAAUCGACCAAACUAGCCAGGUAGAGGAUGAUUUGGAAAUUAUUGAAGAAGUACCUGUAGAAAUUAGGAAAGUUGCACCUGUAGCUACGGCUCCAUCUAAAAAGAGCUCCGAUAAGUCCUCUCCAAAAUCCCCAUUUCCGAUAACGAGUUAUGGAGGAACCUUCCCAGUUGGUGGAUCUGAUGCUGCUCCCCUACCCACUCCAGAUAACCUUGUAGGAAUUGAACCCGCAAGACCAGCUCAACUGUAUGUGCCGAAAAAAACUCGUGAAAAUAGUCCAGAUGCGCAUUCUAUUUCAAGUGAGAACUCAGCCAACAGAAGGGCAUCGCUUGACGAGAGCAGAAACCUUUACCCUACAGUUAUGGAAGAAAAUGCUCAAGAGAGGAGUAUCCAGUUGAGAAACGAACGAAGCCACGCCAUGAGCGAACCAGGGAUAUCUCAACAGAUCCAAUCUACAACAUAUUCUGCCCCUCCUACCUAUCGACAAAACUACGAUCAAUAUCUUGCUGAAGAAAUGUCUCGGGAACAACAAGCUCAGCGACCCUAUUAUGAAAACGUACAGGGUGGUAUGAUAACACCUUACCAGGCUGCAGGAGAACCACAAUCUACACUAAACGUAGACAACGGCCAAUUCGAAGCAAGAUACCACAGAGAAAUGAUGCCAGGAGACGCUCAAGCAUGUCAGUGUUGCGGUACAAGGCUGUACGAACCCAGGGAACCUGAAGGCAGGGAACACGAAGCCAGAGAACAGAUAACACCUUUCGUCACUCACCACUACAACCAGUCCCCCUGCAUAUGCGGAUACACCCAUUAUCAAGCAUCAACCGUCGUUAAGGGAGCCGUGAGACAGUAUCCCGAAGAUACGCUGAAGCAACAGCAGAGGAUGAUCAAGGAACAGCUGGAACAGAUGAGGGACGACCACGUGUUUCACGGUUGCUCCUGUCAUGAUAAGCCGACUAAGGAAACGAAUGUUCCUUAUAUGCAUCUAGUUCGCAGUUCUCCAUGUCCUGAUAACCGUAAGGAUUCUAGCUCCUUAGCUUCUCCGACUCACAAGUACGUCGUGAGCAACGAGGUGGAUAGCAACAGGUCCUUGAACAUAGAAACCGAAAGCCAGUUCGAAGAAUUUGGAAGCAGCUUUCCGAAGUGGAUGAGUUCUAGAGGUCCCGUGGAUCCAACAGAUCCGAAUGUGGAGGACAGAAACAGAAAAGUUACAAUAGGCACAUUGGACGUGAUAUCGCCAUCAGAUGCCUCCACGGAUAGCAACUCGUCCAAAUAUAGACGAUGGGCGGAACGAUUGGGCAUGAGUCAAUUGGCAGAGCGGGAUCAUCGAACCGUCAACGUAGAUCCCGUCAUGGGUCAACCAAAAAGGCCCUCCCUGAAACAUAGAGACGACGAGAUUCCAGCUAGGAAGUCCACAACAUCACCCUCCUCCUUCGACGAAGGCAACGUGGCAGAAACCUGGAGACAGGACCCGACGGACAUUUCUGAAUCUAUGGACGAUUUUUUGGAACGGAGACCGACCAUCGAGAAGGUCAAAGAUUCGAUCACUCCCCUGACAAAUCCAAGAAUGACCGUCGUUUCCAAGAAGGACGAGGCCAACUACCUGAAACGUUUCCGCGAAGUCGUCUACCCGACGGAUUCCAGCAAGGAGACCGUUUUGAGUGCCAAUAUGGAUUUCAUCUCGAGGGAACCAGAGAAUGGCCCCAGAUCGAACGCCCACAACUCCGAAAUCGAUGAGAGUUUGAGGGCUUGGGUUCCGGAACACGACUCGAAGUACUCGAAGAGGACCAGUACGUUCGGAGCUAAGGAAGUACUCGACAGUUACGAGUUAAUCAUGGAGAAUAGAGCUAUGGAGCCUCCUCCCCCUGAUGACACCCAAUACGUACAAACCUUAGCACCGGAAACAGCUUCUGUACGUUCCCGAAGAAUGUCUACGGAUAAAUCAACGGGUACCAAGCGACCAGAACAGCCGGAUUACUCAUAUCAACCUGGCGUAGAGAGACCAUUUUUCGAUGACAGGGAGAAAACUUGGAAGUCCGAAGCUCAAGAGGCUUACAGAUCUUCAGUUGCUGGGUUACCUUGCAGCCCCAGGAGAAUUUGUCAAAGUGUAUCUCCGGAAUGCGUGUGCUGUCAAAACCCGAAAGACGAAUUGGUCAGACCGGCGAUGAGAGUUGUCGAAGAGAGAAGGUAUUCCAGUCCUAGAGCAAGGAACCAAGAGACAAGGUAUUCCAGUGAAAGAGGAAGGGAUGAGGAGAGGAGGUACUCUAGUGAUAGGGGAGAGAACGAAGACAGAAGACAUUCUGGUGACACAAAAAGAAAUUCUUACCCUGAAGAACGUCGCCUUGUGAAUGAAAUGAACUUUCGUAGGGUAUCUACGAUGGCUCCAAAACCGUAUGAUGAAGCGUCAUAUGUGGAUGAAAUAACCUCUCAUAGAACAUCAGACGGAGGUACGAGAGAGGAAAGAUCGAAAAGGGAUAGUCAGAAUUACGAACUAAAGUUGGACAGCAGGAAAUCUCUAUUUCCUGGCUCUACCUAUCGGGAAGAAAAAGUUGUAUUACCUAGGAUGUUGGACCCAAUACAAGAGCAGAGGAUGACAGAGAACAUACACUUGAGUGAUUCAGAAGAAAGGGUCAGUCACAUACCACCUUUCCACGACGGUUUUCCAAGGGACGUGAUGAUGAUAAAGAAGAUGUCUUGCAUAUGCGAAUGUAUCUGUAAUCCACAAAAAGGACCCAAGGAUAAUGCGAGAGGUCGUCGGAAUUUAGGAGCUUCCAACGUCAAAAGAUACGAAACUGAGCCUUUGAACCAGCAGCCUUACCAUCCGAAGGACGAUUUCAAAAUGCCGGAAAAUUCAUUUACCAAUUUUUCGAGGAUAAGCGAGAGGCCCGAUGAUUCUGGGAGCGUUGGAUCUAGAAAAAGGAAAAGUUCCAGAAACGGCGAUCACCAAACGAUCAGAUUCUCCCUCAACUCACCUACACCUAGAAAAACUCUGGACUGCGUAGAAAAGUGUCCGGAUUGUUCUUCCAGGAGAGAAGCAGAGUGUCCUGAAGAGUGUUCCACUUGUCCUGUCAGGAGAAGAAGACUAGCAAGGGAAGCAAGGUUGAGAGAAAGACUAGAUUAUGAGGAGAGAUUGAGCAUACCCAAGAGGGGGUCCCUGAAAAGAGCUUAUCCAGACGAAAGAAGAUAGAUUAGAUCAAUGUUUUUAGAAUAAGCCUAAUUAUAUUUCGAUUUUAUUUGAAUUAUAUUCAAUUCAUAUUUUA